CUCUCUCUCUCAACGAAGAAAAGGAAAGAAAAUGGAGAGAGAGAGGCCGGAAGAUGGACUUUUAACAGCAGAGGCUAAUGUGAUUUGCGAGGAGGACGUGGUGCCAAGUGAUUGGAAAGCCACACCCGUUGUUGUAGUGAGCUCCAUAGUCGCCCUCUGCGGCUCACUUUCCAUUGGGUGUUCUUCUGGAUUUUCAUCGCCCGCUGAAUCUGGAAUUAUCCAAGACUUGGGCCUCUCUCUUGCUGCUUAUUCAGUUUUCGGUUCAAUUAUGACAGUAGGAGGAAUAGCAGGAGCACUUGUUAAUGGAAAGAUAGCAGAUGUCAUCGGUCGGAGAGGUACAUUGUGGUUAUCUGAGUUAUUCACAAUUGCAGGGUGGCUUGCCAUAGCAUUUGCAAAGAAUGCUUGGUGGCUGGACCUUGGAAGACUGUCUCUGGGAUUUAGCAAUGGGCUUAUUGCCUACGUGGUUCCUAUAUAUGUUGCAGAAAUUACCCCAGAGAACCUUCGGGGAGGAUUUACAUCUGCUAAUCAGUUGAUGAUUACUUGCGGCAUUUCACUGAUGUACUUCAUUGGAAGUGUCACUGCUUGGCGCAUCUUGGCUUUAAUUGGCAUCAUUCCAUGCCUCAUAGAACUUAUAGGCUUAUUCUUGAUUCCAGAAUCUCCUAGAUGGCUGGCUAAAAUUGGUAAGCAGAAAGAGUUUGAAACAGCUCUACAACGCCUCAGAGGAAGGAAUGCUGAUAUUUCUCAAGAAGUUGCUGACAUCAAGGAUUAUACGGAAACUUUGGAGCUGCAUUCAAAAACCAGAUUUCUAGAUUUGUUUCAAAGGAGAUAUGCUCAUUCACUUACUGUUGCAGUCGGAUUGAUGUUACUGGUUCAGUUCGGAGGGAACAAUGCCAUUGUUACUUAUGCUGGCUCUAUAUUCAAAGAAGCUGAUUUUUCUAGUAGUGUUGGGACAAUAUCAAUCGCUAUUAUCCAGAUUCCAGCUACUGCUGCUAGUGUACUCUUAAUAGAUAGAUCAGGAAGACGACUGCUUCUAAUGGUAUCUGCUGCUGGAAUGUGCUUGAGUUGCCUUCUUGUAGGCUUGUCAUUCUGGUUUCAGGACCUCCACCUGUGGAAGGAGCUCACUCCCAUUUUGGUGUUUAUUGGCAUAAUGGGGUAUGUUGUUUCUUACUCAAUAGGCAUGGCAGGAAUACCGUGGGUGUUAUUGUCAGAGAUAUUUCCCAUGAAUAUAAAGGGCUCAGCUGGAAGCCUGGUGUCUUUAACAAACUGGACCUGUUCUUGGAUGGUAACAUACGCUUUCAACUUUAUGAUGGAAUGGAGCUCAGCAGGAACAUUUUUCAUAUUCUCGGGCAUAUGUUGUUCAGCUGUUCUAUUUGUUGCAAAGCUUGUACCAGAAACAAAGGGCCGAGUGCUUGAAGAAAUACAUGCAUCGAUUACCCAUUUCGUCCAAUAAAAUGAACUUCCCAUUCUAUUAAGGGACCGUCUAUCAUAAUCAUAUGUACUAAUUAAUGCUACAUUUUAGAAGGUGUUUAUUUUUUUU